AUGCUUGCAAGAACAUUGUUUCCCGGCGUCGCAGUGUUGACUGGCGCCGGCGGAACUGGCAUUGGUGCUCAUACGGCACGCGCCUUCGCACGAGAGGGUUGUACAAGGAUUGCUAUAACUGACCUCAAUCCUGAUCUCUUAUCCCAGACAGAAAAAGACCUCAAGGAUGCGUCAUCCCAUAUCCAGGUGCUAGCUGUUCCGGGAGAUAUCACAGCCCCGAAGUUCGUCGAUUCCUUUUUCAAAGCUGUAGCAGACAAAUUCGGAAGAAUCGACUACGCAGUAAACAGCGCAGGGGUUCUCGGCCCCGAUAUUCGAUCAACUGAAAUGCAGCUGUCAGAAUUUGAUACUGUCAAUGAUGUCAAUUACCGAGGAUGCUGGCUUUCCUCCAGAGCAGAGCUUGCAGGGAUGCUUAAGCAAGAGCCUCUCGCUAGUCAUGAUCGAGACCGACAGCCUCAAAGAGGCUCAAUUGUCAAUGUGGCUAGUCAGCUCGGCCUUGUGGGUAGGCCUCAAGCUGCCGCAUACUGUGCUUCAAAGUCAGCAGUCAUCGGAAUGACGAGGGGAGACGCUAUCGACUACUCCAAAGAUUACAUUCGAGUCAAUGCAGUCUGUCCGGGUCUGAUUAAGACGGCAAUGACAUCGGGAACUCAAGAAUUAGACGAUCGCAUGGGCCCGGCUGCUAGUAUUGCGCCCAUGCAUCGUUAUGGUUUGCCAGCAGAGAUUGCGGAUUCUAUUUUGUUUCUGUGCUCGACAAAAGCAUCCUUUGUUCAGGGGCAUGCGAUGGUUGUUGACGGUGGUUAUGUCAUAAAUUAG